CCACCACCUCCUCCCCGGCAGGUCACUGAAGACCCCCAUCACUUUUUCAUGUGUCUACAGCUGUGAGCUGACCCCCUCAAUCAAAGUCUGUUGAUAUUUAGCAAGUGCAGAUCAUUUGAUAGAUUGCGUCCAUGAGCCGCGAUGCUGGGGAGAAAAGCUGGAAAAAAGAAUGCCCAAGUCAAAGGCCAAGGGGCAGCAGCUGCCAAGCAGAUGGGGCUCUUUGUAGAUUUCAAUCCUGAUGACAUGAUGAUGGGAAUCCCCGAUGACGCAGAUGAUGCCGACUUGGAGGCAGAGCUGGCAGCACUGACUGGGGCAGAGGCCGUUUCGAAACCAAAGUCCAAAGGGAAAGCUCCUCUCCCAAUGGAGCACAUUGAGAAGCUGGCCCAGGACUGCAUGAGAGACUCAGACGGGGACGAUGUGGAAGAUGAGGAUUUAGAACAAGAUGAAGAUUUGCUGGCUGAGCUGCAGGAAGUGGUGGGAGAAGAGAUGGAGGUGGAGAUGUUACAUCCUGAGUCCUCGUUCGCUGCACCAGACGAACCUGCCGAGCCUGUGAAGCAGCAUACCUCUCCAGUAAUGGAGCAGCAGCACGUGUCCCAGGGGACAGGAGGGGGGCUUCUGCAAACGUUAGAGGAGAGGAUCUCUAACUACAAGACUGCUAUCAGCAACGCAAAACAGGCCAAGGAGAAUACCAAAGCCAGGCGCUACGAGAGAGGCCUGAAGACUCUUGAGUCCAUGCUGGCCUCGGUGAGACAGGGCCGGGCUGUGAACGAGGAAGAGAUUCCUCCCCUGGUGUCUACAGGGAAAACUGCAGACAGCUCGCAGGCUGAGCCUCCUGAGAGUAUCGCUCCGCAAGAACAGUUAGUGGACCUGAGCAUUUCCUCUAUGGAAAACACAGAGAUUAGUGCAAGUCAAGGGCCAACCGAAGGCAUGGUGGCUGAAGGUGGAACAAGCGAUGGUCAGGCUUCUAACCCAGCUGACAUGGACUCGAGAACUCUGCUGCUUACAAGACAAGGAGAGUAUAAAGUAGCUGCAUUGAAAGCCAAGCAGAGCGGGGACGUGGAAAAGGCGAAGGAAUACAUGAAAAUUAGCAAGAAAUUCAGCGCUGUGAUGGAAGCUCUGGAAAGUGGGCAACCUGUGGAUCUUAGCAAUAUGCCACCAGCGCCAGAAGAGCAUGAUGUAAAGGUGUCUGUGCCGGUACCUGACGAUCCCAGCCCUACAAGCACUCAGGGAACUCCUGCGGUGUCACUAUUACAGGCUCUGCAGCAAAGGUUGGAAAAAUACAAGUCUGCAGCGCAGCAAGCGAAGUCUGCUGGGGAUGACCGGAAGGCCAGGAUGCACGAGAGAAUUGCCAAGCAAUACCAAGAUGCUAUUCGUGCUCACAAGGCAGGGAGACAAACCAAUCUGGCUGAACUCCCAGUUCCUCCCGGUUUCCCUCCACUCCCCGGAUUGGAAGACAACGCUGGUGAAAUGAGCGUGGAGAGUGCAAUGGAAACUGCCCAAAAACUUGCAAAUGCAGACGUGGACGAAGGCGAGGAGGAUGACCAGCCAGAGAAGCCUCCUGUUCCAAAAAAACCCACCCAAAUAGUGAAACCGCUAUCUCCUACCGUGCCACACAUUGAAGAGACCUCUGCUAAUGCCAAAUCUGAAACCAGCACUGAAAAUACCAAACCUGUGGAGCAUCUAUCUUCUGAGGGACGAGAUCAGCUGGAGUUCCUUGAGAACCGGAGGAAACAGUACAGGAGAGCCGCUCUUCAAGCCAAACAACGGAAUGACCUGGAACAGGCCAAACAGCACAUGAGAGUGGCUCAUACCCUUCAAGUGUCCAUCGACCAAGUGAAGAGUGGAAAGCUGGUGGACAUUUCCAAGAUACCAGGUCUCCCACUGGACGAGGACAAUGACUUUGUUCUUAUUGAACCUGAAGAUGCCAAGCCACUUCAAAAUUCAGAUGAUGUUUACUCUCAACUGCUGAAAAUGCUUCAAGAGCAGCAUGAGAAAUGCUUGCGUUACUCCAAACAGUUUACACAAAUGGGCAAUGUCACAGAAACAACCAGGUUUGAGAAAAUGGCUGAGGACUGCAAGAAAAACUGUUCCAUUUUGCAGCUGUCACAAGCUCAGGGCUUAGACCCUCCACCUUAUCACUUUGAAGACAAAACUUUGAAGAUUGUCAGGGUUUUCUCGGAGCUGAGUAGCACAGAAAUGCUUCUUAUAGUCGUCCGAGGAAUCAACCUGCCCGCUCCGUCAGGCACAGCACCCAAUGAUUUAAACGCGUUUGUUAAAUUUGAAUUCCCUUACCCAAGUACGGAACAGCCUCAGAAGAAUAAAACCUCCGUUAUUAAAAACACCAAUUCUCCUGAGUAUGAACAGUCUUUUAAAUUAAACAUCAACCGUAACCACAGAGGCUUUAAGCGAGUCGUUCAGACCAAAGGCGUGAAGUUUGAAAUCUUUAACAAAGGGGUGUUUUUGCUGAAGAGCGAUAAACAGAUUGGCACGGCAAAUGUAAAACUGGACAAGUUAGAAUCUCAGUGUGAAAUCCGGGAAAUCGUGGAGGUUUUUGAUGGCAGAAAACAGACCGGUGGAAAACUAGAAGUUAAAGUCCGGCUGAGAGAGCCCCUCAACGGUCAGGACCUUCAGACAGUGACAGAAAAGUGGCUGAUACUGGGUCAGAUUCCUCGGAAGUAAGGAAAGCACUAGGAGUGGAAGGCAGCCUAGAGAUGGAGACGUUGCCUUUUUAAAUAAACUCCUCAUGUGCCACCAGUAUGAUCUUCCGGCCAGGAAGGAGAUCGGAGGGGUUGCAUACCAAAGACUCAUUAGUAUCUCCUAUAGCAAAGCAGCACGUCAGAAAAUGCAUCAGCCGCAGAGAGACUAAAUUACUUAACUUUACAUAGCAAUGCAGAAUGUCCGCAACUCCCAGACUGCACUGACCGCAAGACCUUAUUAACCAUACAACCGCAGAGCUUUGUGGCACCAGGAUGGCAUUGUGUGCCCACACUGGCUUCUUGUGUUGAAUGUAAACUGAAACCAACGUUAUGGAGACUCAUGCACAAAUCCGAUGAGGAUUCUGAAUGUCUUGCAGUACAACAUGCUGCUCUAAUAACUGUCAGAUGGGCAAAGUCCCGGAUCACCGGCCCCUUGGAAAAGAAGGAGGCUAACAGAUGAUGGUACGAUACUUUGCAUAACAUGGUACCUGAGAAAGCUGACGAUUGUAAAUGUGCUGCUGUACCAGGUGCUGAAAUCUGCAAAUAUAUCAUUUUACAAUUAACAUUAUCACUAAUCCAUGUUAACUGCACACACCAAAUGUCCUCAGCUGACAGACGGGAUGGAGGUCUAAUUUAUAAACGGGAUACAUGUUUUACACUGGCUGCUUCAAAUUAAAUACAGUGGUUUUUUUUUGUUUUAUCCCCGUCAGACCCAGACCCACUAUAGUUUCCUGGACAAUCCUCUUCAUAAGUUCAUGAAAAGUGCUCCCUGCAGUAUGUGGCAUUAAUAUUCUGCAAGAAAUUGCCGUUCUGGGUGGAGGUUUUUUCUCCCUUCCUACAGCAUACAAAAGCUACAUACAGGGUACCACUUUCCAUGUGCUGGCCACUAGUACCAAGAAGCAGUAGAUAUGCUCAGGACAGCUUGGUGAAUGUGGCCACCCCAACUUCAAACCACUCGAAAUAAUCAUUUUCAGAGUAGGCUUCAACAGGUCCACAAUUGCCCCAGCACAUAUGAGGGUAAAACUCACUUUAUUACUCAGAGAGGUGGUUUUCAACCUGGCAGGGAACGGCUUAACUCUCCAAGUGCCAUGGAGACAUGCUUACCUACGGCUAUGGGCGGAAUAGCCUGUUUAAAUGAGCAUAAAUGCAAAUUCUGCUCUAAGCCCUAAUAUUACUUUAUGAAGCGGAGAGAAAUUUCUAAUUAAGCCAAUAUUAAUGCCAAAAUGGCUGAUCGGCUACCCUGUAAAUAUACCUUAAAAAAACAUGACACUCCCCGGCACUCUAGGGUUUCUAGACGUUUGGAAGCGGCAGAAUUCAGAAAGACUCCCCACUUUCCCUGUAAGUGCCUUUUAAACAAAUCAUUCCGUCAGCUGCCGGUCACAAAGGUUUUAUCUGGCAAGUCAGUCCUCUCGCUCUAGCGCAGUCCGCUUUGCGUGCCUUUUUAUUUUACUUUGAGUGGCAGGAACUCACGCUGUAAACGAAGGAGGGGAAAAAUAGAAUAACUGUUGCAGAUACAUCAGGUCUCCUUUAGCAGGAGCAGAUCCUGCCUUUGUAUUCAAUGCAUUGCAGACUGGUGGCUAGUGGCUGCAGCAAAGUCAUUCAUUACCUUAUUUAUUUCUGCAUUGUUGUAAGAAAGUAGCCUGUGCCACGUGUGAAUCAUUGUUCAGACUGUUAGAAAAAGCCAUUUUUAUUUAUUACACAUCUGGCACUUUGUUCGUUAAUGGAACUGUUUUAUGUAUAUGGUAUUAAAUUUAAAUGGAGAAUCAA